AUGCCUCCCCCAUUAGGAGAUCAUUCAGAUGACGAAUCGACCGGCGAGUCUAUUCCCUUUAACGACGCCAAGGAAAUCGAGGAGCCCAACGACAAGGCUGAGGAAGACGAUGGGGAUAACGGGGAUGACGGAGAUGAGGAUGAGGAGGGCGUCUACAUCGUCGAAACAAUUGUCGGCCACGAAUGGGCCAAAAAUGGUGCCCUUCUCCUCACGGUGAAGUGGAAGGGGUACGAUGACCCCGCGGACCAAACGAUGGAACCGGAAGAGAACCUAUUGGAGGGUGCCGAGGACGUGGUGAAGGAGUACUUCAAGACUCUGGGAGGUCGACCAACGAAGCCGCAAGCCCAAGGUCGAAAGCGCAAGUCGAUGACCGCAGCAAAACCAACCUCCGAGAAGACACAGCCCAAGAGGCGCAGGAAAUCGCAAGCUGAUACUGCCCCCGCCGAGGCAACCGACGACUCCGAUGCGAUGAAAUGGGUACCGAAGUCCAAGAACUGGGAAAAUGAGGUUGAGAACGUCGACACUAUCAUGCGCGACCCGGAAACAUCAAAAUUGAUCGCUUAUCUCCACUGGAAGAAUGGCAAGAAGUCUAAGGUUUCCAUUGAAUCUUGCUAUAAUAAGAAGAUGCUGAAAUUCUACGAACAACAUCUGGUUUUCAAAAAUGCUUAA